ACUGGACGUGUUUUUUUACAAAAAAAAAAUUAUUUGUGGAAAAAUUUUCUUUCAAAAGAAAUUAAUUAUUACAUAAUAAUAGACUGAAUUGCGUGUCACAAAAAAAAAUAAUUUUUAAGGAUAUCACAAUGAAAAUUUUUAUCUUACUCGUGUCAUUUGCGGGAGUUGCUCUUGCUCAACAACAACAAAAGUACACAACGCCCGUGCCGAUUCUCAAGCAGAUCAAUAGACACAACGAAGAUGGUUCGUAUAGCUUUGGUUAUGAAGCUGCCGAUGGAUCAUUUAAAAUCGAAACGAAAUACCCGAAUGGAGAGGUACAGGGAAAAUACGGAUAUGUAGAUGACCAAGGGAAAGUUCGAGAAGUUGAAUAUGGAGCAAGUGCGAAACGGGGAUUUGAACCUCAUGGAACCGACAUCCAAGUACCUCCUCCAACAAUCUCAAACAAUGCCAACUCCAUUCCUCUUGGACCCGAUGAGGAAGAUGAUGGUCAAUAUCGCGAAGACCCGAGCAUCUAUUGGAAAGAUCCCAAAUACAACAAUGGCGUGAAACAUUCAGCUGCCAAAGUAGCUGCUCCAAUUUAUCGCCCGCCAAGCAAUUACAAUUCCGCACCAAACCAAUAUUACCAAAAUAAUGUGCAAGAACGCGUUUACCAUCAACCGCAACCCCAGCAGCAAUAUCGCCAACCAGCUGUUUACCAACCUGAACCUGUGUACCAACAACCACGCUUCCAAGCCUACCAACAGGCUCCGCAGCAACGCUAUUACAACCCCAAUGCCCGUUCUGACUUUUUGCAACAUUCGGCAAUCCAAAACUUUGACCUCAACUCAGGAUCUUACACGAUCAGCUAUUAGGUUAGAAUUCCCUGAAGCGAAAAUUUGUCUUGUAAAUUUCUCCCUCUUUCUGUUCUUUUGUUAAGAAUAAGUCUUAUGAAUAAGUGAGUGUCCAUAUUUCGAUCGAAA